CUGAAAACCAUUUUCUUGCAUUUUAUCGGUUAUCUUGCUUAUUUUCUCAACGAGGUUGGCGCUCCUUCACCUGCUUCCCGAUUCGUACCGCCUGGUCGCCGCGGUACAUGCUGAUUGACACGCAGAUCCUAUAUACGCAAAUUCUCAACCUGAACCAAAGAAGCGUUAAAGGGCUAAGCAACCUUGAUCUGUGGAGCCGGGUCGUGGAUCUCGACAGCAGACCUUUCAAGCAAACGAAGGGCAAAGGAUUUGUCAUCAAGCAAAAUUUCGCAAGUCGCAAAGGAGGGCGGCAACAAAAGGCGAAGGUUCUGGACGAAGAUGUACCGUACGUUGACUCGCUUGCUCCAAUUGGGCAAAAAUGCCUGGAGGACCGCUGUAUGUUGGUCGACCCAGGACGAAGUGAUUUGCUUUUCUGCAUGCAUGAGUACUCCGAACCAAACGCGAAUGAAUUGAAGAAGAAAAAGUACAGAAGAAUCAGAGAAACAUUAGUGAGCCAAUUCCCAAAUGUCAAGACUGCGCAGGAGAAAUUAUCACAACAUCCCAUUUCAGUCAAUGACCUCAUUGUCACAAUCUACGGGAAACAGCAAGCGUAUCUCGGGUGCUAUCGAAUUUCUAUGCGAACACGACGUCAAACCUAUCAGGAUACCCUCUUUUCCGAAAACUGCGCCUCUCAGCCUAUUUCAAUCAAUGCCAAGCAGAUUCUCGAUUGGCGAGAACCAUAA